AGGCCAAAGUGUAGAAGGUGAGAGCCAGAUGCCUUGAAAGCCAUGGCUGAUGAGGCCAAACGGCCGAAGGUGACCCUGAUUGCAAAGGCAGACAAGGGUGAGACACUCAAGGCGACUGGGCCUGGAGAUGGUCGUCUUCGCCCGGCUCCUGCCAGGACAGUUCGGACCGAGAGAGACGUGAAGGUGAUAAAGGAGUCUCACUCCAAGGAAAUCAAGGAACCCAAAGAAGCCAAGGGGCCUGAAGUGACAGAAGUCUUGAAGCCACAGGAACCCAGGCCGCAAGUCCGUACACCUACCAGGCCCAAGGUGCCCGUCAAAGCGGCUGGAGCCCCCAAGCGAGUUCCGGCCAAACGAACGGCCGCAACGGUCCCCAUGCCGGAGCCCAAUGGAGUGAAACGCCCGCGCCCGGCAGCCAAUGCAUUGAACGUUGGUCUUGCCCCAACCCCCCCGGCGGUCACAACUGCCCCAAGCCCGCGCCCAGCGAAGCUGCCAGCCCCCAUGGCACCAGCCACAAAGACUAAUGGAGCAGAUGCAGAUGUCGUGGUGACAUCAGCGUCAGUAGUGAAGCCGCCUACCUUGCCAGCUCCACGGGCAGAGCCACCUACACCAGCGGCACCGCUUUCAGCGGCGCAUUUCAAUGUUGGCGGGCAAACCUUUCAGGUUGCAGCAAAAUUAGUGAAGGCAAAGCCGGAGACCCUGUUGGCCAAACUUUUAGCCAAAGCAGACUCGAACCGGCUGAUACAUGUUCCUGUAGACAUUUGCCCUGAUCGCUUUCGGAUUUUGUUAGACUGGUAUCGCUAUGGCGAAAUCUGGGUGCCUCAUACUACGGCGGUCAAAGCUGUUCUUCGGGAUGCCGCCCGUCUCGAGUUUCCGAAAGAGAUUGUGGUGAAUGGCGCCUUCCGAAGCUUACAACCAGAUGCCAGCCAAGUCAGUCGGACUUUAGUCACUACAAUCAUCAACAGGUGGGCUGGAUUUCAUACCUUUUUUGCUGGCAUUCUGCAUGAGAUUGACGAGCACUUUAAAUCUGUGGGGUCACGCUCUGCAGACAGCAUAGAUCCGAUAGAUGAAGAGGCAGCUGCAGCAGAGGAGAUAUUUGAUUUUCCCCGAUUUGCAGUGCAGCUAUUUCGAGAAGAGGGAUGGGUAUCCCCAAAUCAAAUAUGCAGCGCGUCCAGGGCUAGGAUCUUGGCGUUGAAGUUGGAGGAGCUCGGAUACUUGUGUGAGUUUGCAGAAGGCGAUCUGCUAGUCAGCUUGCCUCUCAAACUUCGAUGUGAGCUUCCACACGGCGGUCAUGAUGGAGGAGCAGAACCUCCGCCACCCCCGCCGGGCGAAACCAAGGAUGAUGUGAAGUGAGUUGCGACGAACCAAUCCCGAGAGCUUUUCAUAGAACCUUGAGAGCUUAAAAUGGCCCUGCAGGUUUUGGUUCUUCGGUUUAGGCUGAAUGCGUGGCUCUUAGGUGGCAAAGCAACGCCGCGUUCGUGGGGCAGCUUGUGCCACAACGCAGUUACUCAAGAGAUGCUCUGGAUGUCGCGAAGAACUCCACCGAAAAUGGUCUGGUAGGUACACAAGUCACAAGUCUAACUCUGGCGGCACAACUGACGUGUUGUCAAAUGGGG